AUGAGUCAAGGCGGGCCUUAUAAAAGGGUCUCUGGGGGAAAAGGCAAACGAGAGCAGAAGGUUCCGAGAACUGGAAAAGUCACAGUCGCCUGGCUUGGUGUCCCAAGGAUGGAUCCUGCUGCUCCUGCUGUUGCUCCCCCUGGCCUGGCCCCGGCCCAAGCCCCCGUCCAGGCACAAAUCGGUGGACGAGAAGUUUCUGGGAAUGAAAGAGAAAGUCUUUGGAGACCCUGGCUGCCCUCCGCCAAUGACCAACCAAGGCAGGUGAGGAUGCCGGUGGACUCGGCUGCUGCUGGGGCAACAGCUGCGGAGGUCACCAAGGCCACGGCUGGGUUCCGUCACCCUGUCAGGCUCUUCUGGCCGAGAUCCCGCUCCUUUGACUACCUGUACAGUGCUGGAGAGAUGCUACUACAGAAUUUCCCCGUCCAGGCCACCAUCAACUUGUAUGAGGAUUCUGACAGCGAGGAAGAUGGGGAGGACAAGGAGGAGAAUGUAGAGGAAGAGGUCAAUGAAAUAGGGCCAGAAGGGUGUGCGAGAGCACCAGAGGCCACACCACACAAGGCCACAGCUCAUUCCGCUGACCCACCCCUGACCUGUCCAAACUGAAGCAAUCCUAGUUACACUUGGCAGGUUUCCAAGGGCAUCAAUUAGCAAAGAGUCUCCAGACACAAAUUUUCUGGACCAAAACCAGUGUCCUCGGGCUGUCUAGUACACCCUGGCUUUUCUGAUGGGCUUGCAAGGCUAGGCCUCUGGCAUGUUCUUGUCUGAGCUGCUCUUGUGCCAACAGUAGGAGGUUCCUAAGACCCGGAAGGGAAUUAGGAAGACCUGACUGCUGAAGGCCUCAGGAAGUAGAGCAGGGCAAGGGAUGCCCUUGGACAAGAAAGCAGUCACUCCUCCAGGGCCGUUUGAUCCCCCAGUUUUCGAAGGUAGCAGCCAUAUAAACCAGUCUCCAGGGGAGCGAGGCUGGCCUCCAGCUUCUUCUCCAAAGAUACCAUUACCAGAUCCAAGCAAUACUGGAGCCCCUUGAGGGAAGGGAAGGGAACAGAAGAAGGCAUCUUGAGAAUCUGCUUGUCUGGGGACCUGCAU